AUGAGGGCCACGCACUUCUACGUCUCGACACGACUGACUGUUGUCAUGGAAAUAGUUCUGUGUGUAUCAAGCCAGUCUACCACUGUCAUCAACACUCCUUCCGGUUCCAUAAUGGGGUUGGUUAAUACCGUUCUCGGUCAAGACAUUGCGCAAUUCCGCAACAUUCCGUACGCCAAACCUCCAACCGGGAAGUUGAGGUUUAAGAAGCCGGUUCCCAUAGAGCCGUGGCAAGGCGUUCUCAAUGGUACGGCAUUCGGACCGUCAUGUGUGCAAGAAAAGUCGUUAGGAGGUGCAUUUUUGUGGGAGGGGUUGGAAAACAAGAUGAUGUCAGAAGAUUGUUUGCAGCUGAACAUCUAUACGACCUAUCCAAUCUCUUCAGCAGAUAAGAAGCCUGUCAUGUUUAUGAUUCACGGAGGCUCUUACAUAAGAGGACAAGGGACUGCAUAUGACUCCUCCUACUUCGCAAUGAAAGACGUCAUUGGGGUAAACAUCAAUUACCGUUUGGGUGUCUUCGGCUUCCUGAGCACGGGGGACCGUAUCCUACCUGGUAACUACGGAAUAUGGGAUAUGAUUGAGGCUUUGAAGUGGGUACAGGCAAACAUCGCGGCUUUUGGCGGGGAUCCUGACAACGUCACUAUAUUUGGAGGGUCCGCAGGUGCAAUAUCUGUCUCUUUACUGGCAAGUGUCCCAAGUAAUCGGGGUUUAUUCCACAGAGUUAUUGCUCAAAGUGGAUCUGCAACAAGCCUCAUAUCGAUAUCGCUGGAUCCCAUCCGAAUUGCGAGACAGAUCAUGUCAGAUGUUGGAUGUAUACCGACCUUAAAUUCCACCAUAAACAGUAAUGUUGUGACAGACUGCCUUCAACAUAUUUCGGCUGAUCUGUUGUUGCAGGCCUCCCUCUACUCAACUAUGAAUGUUCAAUACUACGGCUACUUCUCAAUAGGUUCGCAACUCUAUCCAGUCGUGGACGGGCAGCUCUUCCGCUUGAAACCCAUGGACAGUUUAAGCGACCCCAACUCCGCUGAAUCUGCCUUUUUCACAUCGAUUGACUUGAUAGCAGGUAACACGGACAAUGAAGGGUCAGUUGGAACAUUCACAUUUUACUCGUACGAAGAGAGCAUGCAGUUUAACACGAGUGACGGGUAUCCAUCAGCAUUACUCUGUGAUGUGAUGGCUCCAGCUGUAGCUAGAGACGUGUUCCAGGCAGGCUCCGACAUAUCGGACAUGGUCUGUCAGAGAUACAGUACCAAUGAUAUAGCUCAGCGGAGCAGGAACAUUCUCAAUCUAUAUGGAGACUCCUGCUUUGUGGCCCCGACAGUCCAAAUUCUCAAUUUCCACAGUCAAGGACAAGGAUUAGGCAAAACAUAUCAAUAUGUUUUUUCUCAAGUGACAGAUUCACCAACCCUGUUUGGUAAACCUUAUUGGAUGUUGGGCGCUGGCCACGCAGAGGAAACCGGGUACCAGUUCGGUCCCUCAAACCAAAAGCCUGCCUGUAGAGCAACGGCCCAGGCCAGGGCCUUAACAGACACAUUCAACUCGUACUUCGUCAACUUUGCUAAAACAGGGAACCCAAAUGAAGCCGACUUGGUGUUUUGGCCUGAAUACAGUUAUAACGACCGUAAAUAUAUAGACAUCAAGUAUGAAACGACACAAGGAGAAAACCUGUUCCAGGACCGGAUGAAAUUCCUACUGGAGGAGAUUCCCAACAAAAUAAAAAGUGCUUCUGACGAAACUAACUCUGCUCCACAUCCAUUCAUUUCUGUACACUAUUGGGUGUGGAUCGUUUUAAUCACUUUAUCAUUAUAG